UUCCGGUGUGGCGCCGGCAGCGCUGCUGCUGCUUUUUCCUGUGUGCGGUGCUGCUGUGUCAGGAGGGCGCGAUGGCCGAAGCGCAGGAGGCGCCAUUCCGGCUGCGGUGCUCCCUGGUGGGCCACGAGCUGGACGUGCGCGGGCUCAGCUCCUGCCCCUCCCCGGCAGGCUCCUUCGUCUCUGUGUCGCGGGACAGGACUGCCCGCCUCUGGGCCCCGGACAGUCCCAACAGAGGAUUUGCUGAAAUGCACUGCAUGAGUGGUCACUCCAACUUUGUUUCUUGUGUGUGUGUCAUCCCUCCAAGUGACCUUUAUCCCCGAGGAUUAAUUGCCACUGGCGGUAAUGACAAUAACAUUUGCAUCUUUACUUUGGACAACACUGCACCACUGUAUGUUCUUAAGGGUCAUAAAAACACAGUUUGUAGCCUUUCAUCUGGGAAAUUUGGUACCCUCCUUAGUGGCUCAUGGGAUACAACAGCCAAAGUUUGGUUGAAUGACAAAUGCAUGAUGACAUUACAGGGGCACACUGCAGCUGUCUGGGCUGUGAAGAUUUUACCCGAACAGGGAUUAAUGUUAACUGGAUCAGCUGAUAAAACCAUUAAAUUGUGGAAGGCAGGUAGAUCUGAGAGAACAUUUACUGGGCAUGAAGAUUGUGUGAGAGGCUUAGCUAUUUUAAGUGAGCUGGAAUUUUUGUCUUGUGCAAAUGAUGCUAGCAUUCGAAGAUGGCAAAUAUCUGGCGAGUGUCUUCAAGUAUAUUAUGGGCAUACCAAUUAUAUAUACUGCAUUUCUGUCUUUCCACAUAGUAAAGAUUUUGUUACCACUGGUGAAGACAGAUCACUCAGAAUCUGGAGAAGAGGAGAAUGCACGCAGACAAUCAGGCUUCCAGCUCAGUCUGUUUGGUGCUGCUGUGUGUUAGACAAUAGAGACAUUGUUGUUGGAGCAAGUGAUGGCAUUAUCAGAGUGUUUACAGAGUCUUUGGAGCGCGCAGCAAGUCUGGAGGAGAUUCAAGCUUUUGAAAAUGAGCUUUCACAAGCAACAAUUGAUCCCAAAACUGGUGAUUUAGGAGAUAUAAAUGCUGAGGAGCUUCCUGGUAAAGAGCAUUUGAAUGAACCAGGUACUAGGGAAGGACAGACAAGGCUCAUUAAAAGCGAUGGAAAGGUUGAAGCUUACCAGUGGAGUAUUAGUGAAGGCAGGUGGCUGAAAAUUGGAGACGUUGUUGGCUCAUCUGGAGCCACACAGCAGACAUCGGGAAAAGUUUUAUUUGAAGGAAAGGAAUAUGACUAUGUUUUCAGCAUUGAUGUGAAUGAAAGUGGACCUUCCUACAAGCUUCCAUACAACAUCAGUGAUGAUCCAUGGCUGACUGCAUACAACUUUCUUCAGAAGAAUGAUCUAAAUCCCAUGUUCCUGGAUCAGGUGGCCAAAUUUAUAAUAGAUAAUACCAAAGGCCAAACAUUGGGGCAUACAAACACUGACUAUUCCGAUCCUUUCACAGGUGGAGGUCGCUAUGUUCCAGGUUCUUCUUUGGCAUCCAGUGAAGGACUUGCAGCAGAUCCAUUUACUGGCGCUGGUCGCUAUGUCCCAGGUUCAGCAUCUGACCCUGCAACUUCUCUCAGUGGAGGAGGGACUGGUGCCUACAAAUCAACUGCAGCAAAAGCUGAAAAUAUUUAUUUUCCAAAGAAAGAACCAGUUACUUUUGAUCAGGCCAACCCUGCACUAAUACUGGGUAAAUUGAAAGAACUUAAUGGAAGUGCACCUGAAGAGCAACAGUUAACAGAAGAUGAUUUAGGUGUCUUGGAAAAGAUGCUGUCUUUAACUUGCAAUACCUCUAUGGAAGCAGCACACCAACUACUCACAGCACACCAAGUGCAGACUCUGUGGAAAGCAGUAAACUGGCCAAACGAUAUUGUUUUCCCAGCACUAGAUAUCCUUCGGUUAUCGAUCAGGCAUCCCUUUGUGAAUGAAAGCUUCUGUGGUGAAAAAGGUGGCAUUCAGCUGUGCAGCCACUUGAUAAAAUUUCUGAAUCCAGGAGGAAAGCAAGCCAAUCAGAUGCUGGCUCUUAGAAUUCUCUGCAAUUGUUUUAUCCAUCCAGUUGGCCAAAAACUCAUGAUGUCACAGGGGGACUCAAUAAUGACGCAAGCAAUAGAACUGAAACUGAGCAGCAAUAAGAACAUUCACAUUGCACUAGCCACCUUGGCUCUGAACUAUGCUGUUGGGUUACAUAAAAUUAAUAACAUUGAAGGGAAAGCUCAGUGCUUGUCAGUAAUCAGCACAGUCAUGGAAGUUGUGCAAGACCUUGAAGCUGUUUUUAGACUGCUUGUAGCCCUUGGGACAUUAAUCAGUGGUGAUUCGAAUGCGGUUCAGUUAGCUAAGUCUCUAGGGGUUGAUUCUCAAAUCAAAAAGUAUUCCUCUGUAUCAGAACCAGCUAAAGUAAAUGAAUGCUGUAGGUUUGUCCUUAACUUGCUCUGACUUUUUUUUAAGCACCUGGAAGUCUAGUACUAUGAUAACGCAUUUUUUCCACAUUUUACAAAAAAUGAAUAAAUACUGUGACUUGACUAUCUGGACAUUAAAUGAAACAAUCUAAAUAAAAUGUUUUUGCACUGA